AUGGUUUCCAACCGAUGGCUCUGCCUUUUCUGGACCUUUGCAUUGGCCACUCUCACAGAACGUGUGGUGGCCGAGGACGGCGCGGAUGUUGAAGGCCUUGCUCUGCUGGCUCAGCGGGGAGUUCCAUCUCGCCACCAGCCACAUCGGAAGGCCAUCAAGAUUCCUCCAAUCGUUCUCUUCAACUACAAGUUCAAUCUGCUGAACGCCUCAAAGGCACAGCUGAAGUCGGAUCCGAUGCACAAGCUGGUGCUGAAGAAUGUUAAGCAUACGAUCGCGCUGUUCGGAGGCGAUGUUGAACAGGUUCACUUCUACGACGACGACCAGUGCGUCAAAGAGCUUAAGAAAUUACAUCAGUUUAAUGGUCACAAGCUCGCCGAAGGCUUCCUUAGCCUCCGACAUGGCAAGUAUAAAUCAGAUAUUUGUCGACUGGCCCAGCUCUGGAGGUAUGGGGGGUAUUACUUUGAUACAGACAUCUUGCCAGUCAAGUCCAUGCGCGCCUACUUGGACCCUGAUACGACCUUUGCCAGUGUGCGCUCGAUGUGCAAAAAGGAGAUUUUCCAGGCCUUCUUGGCGGCAACCCCACACAACGAGCUGAUCGGUGAGAACUUGCGAAUCUUCGGGGAAUGGCUCCAGAAACGACAGCACAACUCAGAGGGCAGCAACAUUGGACCGCGCCUCAUGUGGGGAAGCCUCCAGGAAUCGGGCUCCGAGUUCAAAAAGGCGAGCCACGUUCUCACGGGCUCCCAAAAGAUCCAGCUCUUCCAGGAGAACAGCAUUAAGCUCUGGAAGCACGGGAAGGAGUCCAUAUCAG